CUCUUUCAGUGUGUUGGCUCAUCCUUCAUGUUCUCUUUCACACAGACCUGGAGACAGGACAACAAUGUUAAACAUCUCAAGGCCAAGCAACGCUUCAGGAAGAUAAAAAGGCAGUUUUCCCAGGAACUGACAAGCACUACCUUGUGCAGCAUCCUCACGUCUGGUCACUCCGAGUGCCACCGCAAGAAGCCAGCAGCCGCCGCCACUGUCAUCCUGUUCGCCCGUCGUAGUCCAUCCAGCCAGACACCUGAGAUGGCCUUCACCUCCGUCGCUGUGAUAGCACUGCUGUGCUCCUCCGUGAUGAUGGCAAUUGUCUCGCGGCCCAAGCAAGAAGAUGCGCUGCCGCAAGACUUCACCAGGUGCCGUGGUGAGACCCUGCAGUCCAUCCGAAAGGAGCUCUUGACUGCCCUCAACCUGGAGACCGAACCACUGUUGCCCAUGGGCAGAAGGAAGCAGUGGAACGCAACUGCUGAGCGACUCAUGAGGGUUGUGGCAGCAAUGGCAGUCUCUCCCGGCUCCUUUCCUGAUGAUGGCCACGACGCCUCAGCAUGCUGUGGCGAGACCUUAGAGGUUUCCAUGACAGAUCUCGGCUGGGACAAUUGGAUGAUCUAUCCUGAGCAGGUCACCUGGAUGCACUGCGCCCCCUGCGGCCACAGCGCGUCGUGCAGGCCCCAGCCCCAACGUGAUGACUUGCAGGUCCAGGCGCCAUGUUGCCAGCCCACCGCCCAGAAAAACGUGCCUGUCGUGUACAUGGAUGAGUGGAACACCAUUGUCAUCACCUCCAUGCCCCUGACCAGCCGCUGCGGCUGCUUGGGCACCAUUCAGCCUCCCCAGGAGUAACAAUGGUCACCAUUGUGCAGCACACUUCCUACACUCAAAAUGCUCAAAUAACUUCAGUAUAUUGCCAUAAAUUUGCAUUGUAAAAAAAAAAAAAAGUCAUUUGCCAAGAAAUUGAUAAGCAAUAAAAUAGAUUACAACAUCCAUCCAUCCAUUCUCAAUAGCGCUUAUGCUGUUCAGGGUCGCAUGGUGUUCGUAACCUUCCUUCAAUUUUCUGCAUUUCAGUUGAAA